AUGAAAAAACCAAAUGAAACUAAUUGUUAUUGUCCAAGAAAUAAAACAGAAGAAAUUCUUCUAACAUUAAAUCUUAUUGAAGUGAUCAUAGGAAAGGACGUAUCUAAAUUAUCUAAAACUCCUUAUUUUGUCUUCUCUAUUAUCACAUAUCAACAUGCUCAUUUUGAAACUUUGUUAAUAAGAAUGUAUGAACGAAUGAUCAGUGCUAUGUCAGGAGAGCAUGACCGUUGGUUAUCAUUUGCUUAUACAAUGGUAAACUCAAAAUAUGAUUCUCAUUCAUUACCAAUUAUUUCUCAUAUUACCAGCCGUCCAUCACCACCACCAAUAUCUAAAACAUUAUUAUAUCAUACCUUAUUAAAUACCCAACAAUCUUCACAACUACUAAGUUCUAAAAUUCCAAGUUUUUACCAAGGUAUUGCUCAUUCACAAUUAUCUGUUCUCAAAAACUCUUCUAAUCAUCAACAACAAGCAAUUCAAUUAUUACUUCCUUUGAUAGAGAUAUCUCCUACAGCUCGAUUUCAUAUUUCAUUGUUAUAUGCUGAUCUUAGACAACCAUUAAUCGCACUAAAAGUGUUAUUGCCUUUACUUAAAGUUCCUAUGCCAGCUCUUAAUGUCUAUAAACUAACUGUUUUAUUAUUAAUUUCAUUAAAGAAAAUAGAGACAGCAAGUUCUACAUUAUUAGUAGCAAUUAGAAAGUAUCCAAAUGAUUUAUUCUUACGAGUUUGUCAGUUACGUAUUAAACCUGAUUUAGAUAUGCUUGUUGAUCUCUUUAAACACUUUAAUGAACAAACUGAAACACACGAAUGUGAUGUUGCUCCAAGUAUUUUUCCUUCAGUCGGAAGUGAUGUUAUUUCAUCAGCCAGAAGUUCUGCAAGAAGUACUGCUGGUGAUCAAGCAAGCAGAGUAUCUUCUUUAGCGUUUACUCAGUCCAAGCUAACAUUUACUGAACGUGUAUCUGUUUAUAGUAUCUUUGGAAGAAACGUUCCUGCUGCUUUAUGGAAAGAGGCUGUUUUAGUAUUUAAUGCUUUUCAUAUGAAAGAGGAUAUUAAGAAGUGCAUUCAAGAAGGAGAAAUAGUUGCAAAUUUAGAAGGUUCAAGUGAUUUAGAUAGGAGAAUUGGAUUAGAACCAGUUCUACCUUCAGAGUUCCAUAUGAUGAGAGCAACGUUAUGUGGAGAAACAACUCAAAUUGACGAAUUACAAAAAGCAAAAAUUGAAGGAAGUUGUGACGCUGUAUUUGCAUUGGUGAAAGAGAAAAAUAAAGAGAGUCUUAAUGAUAAUGAUAAGGAAUGUCUUAUUAUUGAAAUUCAAAAUUAUUUAAAACAAAAACCAUUUGACCAUAAUGCAUGGGAAUUAAUGGGUAAUUUAUAUGAACAACUUGGAAACGAAAAUAGGGCUUGUGAUUGUUUUGAAUUAGCAAUUAAGUUAAAUGAUACUGAGCCAUUACUUCCAUUUAGUUGUAUUGAAAGAACUGCUAUUUUAAAUUAA